AUGAUUGAUGAUGAACGGCAACGGAUAUCGAAUGAAAUUGUUGAUGAUGCAGAAGAAAUGAUGGAAACUUGUGGACCAACAAUUAUUCAGGUGAAUGAAUCACUUUCUCGACCAGCGAGUGCUUCAUCAACAAGAUCAAAUCAUGAGGUACAACAGGUACCGGAUCCGUUAUCAAAUAUGGUGACACGGGUAGAUUUGGGCAAUCGUGCAAGCUCUGUUGAUGCACAUCACGGGACACCACGAGCUGUAAAAUAUCGAAAUAAAGUUAAUAA